GGUGUUUUCGCAAAUGUUACAGUGCCAGUACCCCUCGGUCUGUUUGCUUCCAGGCAGCAAAUAAGAAUCUUGGUUACAGUACCAACAAUUCACCUUGACAGGAAGAUCAGUAAAACCCAAGAAUCCAAGAAGCACUGUUCUCCAUGGGGGACGCCUAUUGCUUUCCCUUUACAAUUAUCUAAACUGGAUCCUCCAAAACAAUGGACUCCUCGUCACAAACCGACGAAUUCUUUGACGACUGGGGAUCGCCUGGCUUUAGGGACCAGCUGUUUCGGAAUGUCGCCUUAGCCGAAAAACAGGCAGAGCAAGCGCUUGCCACCAACAGCAAUAACAACCUGUUUUCACAUAAAAAAACGCACGGUGAUAUCCACGAACGUCCUUGCACGGCAUUCCACGUUUUUCGAGACCCAUUACAGCGUGAGAAUCGCGUCACCGUGCCACCGCAGCAACAGCAACAGACUUUGAAACCGUUACGCGAAAUCGAUACCAAUCAGCAUGAGAAUAGUAAUGUUUAUGGCGACAAUCAGAAGAAAAAAGGAAGUCAACCUGUCCUUGAUUCCAAACAAGGAACAACAACCACAUGCUCCGCCAAAAUGGAGAUACAAGCAACGCUCCCUGCUAAGAUAAACCAACCCCAACUGCCGUUAUCACCACUACAGUUGUCAUCCAAUAUGGAUACGAAAAAGACGGAAUCUGACGAAGACGAAGAAAUGUGGGGAAUAGAAUUCGACAUUGAUUUUCCAUCUUUGAUAAACGACUUGGAGAAUAGUGGCAGCAGUACCCAGCUUGACCAGGCCUCUAAUGAGCCCAAUAAGCAGCAACAGGAGACAAAAGACGCGCUUUUCAUAAAACCACUGAUGGAAUCGACAUUGGACAAGUUUGGUGGAUUCAUGACUGCGGGUAGCAAAAAGUCAGUGGCAAUCGAUAGCACGGCUCGACAAAAGGCACUCGCAUUUUUCAAUAAUGCUCCUACCACGAUCACCAAAUCCAGUCAAACCAAUUUACCUUCUAAUGAUCGGGAAGAUUGUAGUCCUAAGCAGACGGUCGACAGCAGACUACCACUGCCAGCAUCAUCGUCCUCAUCAUCACCACCAGUAAGCGCGCAAGCGACGUCCGUAACGAGUGGAAAGAACAGCACCUUUGACUAUAUCGAUACCCUGAACGCUCAAAAUCAAAAGAAACCUGUUCCAACAAAGUUAGGUGGAUUCACUACUGGUUCUGGUCGUCCUGUCGCUUCUAGCUCUAAAGAAGCCUUACGCAAAGCCGAAGAUUUGUUACAAUUAAUUCAAUCACUCAACGAAGAGUCCAAGGAACCAGAGAAAAAAGAAAAACAGCAGACAUUGCAUGUACCUGCGCAUGUUGAAGAACAGCCUUCGAAAUGUGGCGAGAAACGCCCUGCCGAAAAUGACAUUGGUCCUGACAAUAUAGACAACGAGGAAUUGCAGUUCAAGUACGAGGAUGUGCUAUCGCACUAUGGAGGCUUUAUGAUGGGCAAUAGCAGAACUACAAUAUCGGUAUCUGCAGAUGCAAAGCAACGAGCCGUUGCCCUUUUUAAUACUUCUGAAACGACGAGAGAGCUCACACAAGCCUCACAAUCUCCAUUAUCACAACGACCUUUCCCUCCUUCAUCGCCGUCCUCUUCAGCAAACUCACAGCAAGCAUCACCAUUACGGAGGACAAUAUCUUAUGAAGACGAGCCACAAUUACAGUUAUCACCGCAAAAGCCUAAUGAAACGCUCGACAGCAGGUCACAGCAACGCGAAGCGACACCACCACCACCACCAUCGGUACCCCCAGCACAAGAACAGCUUUCUGCUCCUACUCCAACACAAAAGCCAAUGGAGCAAGUACGUCCCUCACCUCCACACAAACGGUUAAAAAGACGACAUGUAGCAGCAAAUCCGAAAAUGAAGCCAUUUAAAUCGCCAGUUCUCCAAGAGAAUUACGAACUCACCAAGGCUGCUGCUUCUGGAAAAUUGCCCUCCUGCUCGAUUCAAUGUAAAGGACGAACCGUAUUUUCCAUGCAUGCUAGGAAAGCCUCUUCAGCACAGUCUCAAUGAUCUCAAGAAUAUGAAUAUCUCUGAUGAAAUUCUGCAUUUGACUGCUGCUGAUGCCGGUAAAGUACGGUUCUCUAACUGGGGCCCUAAAGAAGCUUAUAAAGCUAUAUGUAAGGCUGGUGUUCUGGACC